ACAAUGAAACAUUUCCUUGUUUUUAUCGCAUGGAAUGUGCUCUUGCUUUCUAUGGCAAAUGAAACUAAAUAUUGUCAUGAGAUUUUCGAAGAUAAACAUGUGAAAAGAAUUAGUUGGUUAUACUUAAAACAGUGUCUUACAAUAAUCAACGGAGAGGACAUUUCAAAAGAUAUUGGAGAAAAUAUAUGGCGUUUAAUGAAAAUUGCAUUUGAUUCCUUGGACAAUAUACCAGCCGAUUCAUACAAAUAUAUGGGUUAUUCCUUAACGUUUAUACCUAUUAAAGAAUUGCGUAACAUAAGCAUGGAAAAUGUGGAUGUAGUAGAGGCAUUUGGUGCUAUACGUUCUUCCCUUAAUAAACAACAUCAAGAUGGUUUUGAGACAGAACAAUUAAAUAUUCUAGCACAAAAAGUACGUGAAGAAUGGCAGGGAAAAAAUCCUUUUACCUAUUCAGAAUAUGAUCUCAAGUCCAUGGGAGAAAUUCUAUGCUAUUUAAAUGCAACCGAUAUUGAAAAUAUACAUGCCGAUGCAUUUAAGGAAGCGGCUGAAUGGAUUGGAAUGAUAGAAAAGUGCCCUAAGGAUCGUUUACAGGCCCUAGCAAAUCUUGCUAAAAGGCCUGAAGCAUUUGGCGAACCCCAGAAAUGGUCGAAAAUAGAUGUUUGUGCACAAUCAGUAGUAACUUUAUAUCAUAUUGACUUCAAGUCCCUACUUUUUCAGGUCAGCAUUAUAGGCAACAUUUUAAAUGGUUUAACUGCUUCAGAAAUUAACUCAAUAGCCCCAGACAAACUACAAUUAAAUACAUUUUAUACAACUUCAAAUACAAAGCAACCAUCUAUAAACAGAACUCGUAAGGACAGAAAACCCCUUACACCAAUCGAGAAUUCUACACAAUUAUUUGAAACACAUACAAAUAAAACAGAUUACUAAAGUUAUUAUGCAUAGUUAUCUCAUAAAUA